GCUAUCAAUCAGUGUUACCACCAAACAAAAUUUUCCCGGUGACGUUUAACGGAAACACUCGUUCAUUGCGCUCGUGAUUCUCGCUUUGUUCUUAAAUUCGAAACUACGAGUCCCUAACUACGAAGAUGGGUAGGGAGGACAAAGCAACCUGGAAAUCCAAUUAUUUCUUAAAACUAAUCCAACUUUUGGAAGAUUAUCCAAAGUGUUUUAUUGUGGGCGCUGACAAUGUCGGCUCGAAGCAAAUGCAGCAGAUUCGCAUGUCCCUCAGGGGUAGCGCUGUCGUACUUAUGGGCAAAAACACCAUGAUGCGCAAGGCUAUUAAAGGGCAUUUGGAAAGAAAUCCAGCUUUAGAAAAGGUCUUGCCGCACAUCAAGGGCAAUGUGGGUUUUGUAUUUACCCGCGGCGAUCUCGUUGAGGUUCGCGAUAGAUUGUUAGAAAACAAAGUCCGUGCCCCAGCUCGUCCCGGCGCCAUCGCCCCACUUUCUGUCAUCAUUCCCGCCCAAAACACCGGGUUGGGUCCAGAAAAAACAUCUUUCUUCCAAGCUCUUUCCAUCCCAACCAAGAUUUCCAAGGGUACAAUUGAAAUUAUCAAUGAUGUGCAUAUUUUGAAGCCCGGCGAUAAAGUUGGUGCUUCUGAAGCCACUCUUUUAAAUAUGUUGAAUAUUUCUCCGUUUUCUUAUGGUUUAAUUGUUGAACAAGUUUACGAUUCAGGAACUAUUUUUGCCCCGGAAAUUUUGGAUAUAAAACCAGAGGAUCUUAGGGAAAGAUUUAUGGUCGGCGUUGCUAAUUUGGCUUCAGUCUGUUUGAGCAUUGGAUAUCCAACUGUUGCAUCUGCUCCACAUAGCAUUGCCAAUGGAUUCAAAAAUCUUUUGGCUCUUGCUGCAGUUACAGAUGUUGAAUUUAAAGAAGCUACAACAAUUAAAGAAUACAUCAAGGAUCCAAGUAAGUUUGCUGCCGCCGCCGCUCCAGCUGCUUCUGCAGCAGCUCCAGCGGCCGCUGCUGCUGCUCCGGCCAAGGAAGAAAAGAAAGAGGAAUCCGAAUCUGAAGAUGAUGAUAUGGGAUUCGGUCUCUUUGAUUAAAAUGUUUAAACAUUUUGACAUGUUGAUGAUCUUGCUGUAUUUAUUAUCAGCCUGACCAGUCAAUAAAUGCAACUUAAAAAAUAA